GUUGAAUGCAGAGCGGGGGGAAGAUCUGCAGCCCCGCUCAGAAUUCCACAGCCUCCUCUGCUCCGGUCUGCGCUGACCUCCUCUGAUCCUCUCUGGUCUCCUCUGAUCUCCUCUGGUCUCCUCUGGUCUUUAGGAGAGGUUGGUGCUCGUCUGAAAAUGGUUCGGACGCCGAGAUGUUUGUUCUGGGCAGUUUUUCUCGGGCUGUGGUUCUCCACGAGCUGCAUAAACCUGCAGGAUUUGUUUCCAUUUGGAAGCAGUGCAGGAGACCAGAGCCUGAACCAGGGCAAUGAUGAAACACAGGAAGUUUCUCUGGACAAGCCUGUGAUGUUUUACGAUGGAAAAUUCAGCAAAAUCUACAUCAACACUAAUGGGUUUGUUGCCCUGGACAAGCCUUCAGUGGAGUCGGAAUACCUUGGCAACAUGCCUGCAAGCUUUGGCAUGAUUGCAGCCCUGCUGGGAGACCUGAACACCUUGGAUGGGGUUGGUAAGGUGUACUUCCGCCAGGACUCCACCCCGGCGUUACUACAGCGAGCAGCCAAUUACAUCAAUAAAGCCUUCCCCAAGAGCGAUGAGGUGAAUCUCACCCAUGCCAUUGUUGUCACCUGGGUGGAUAUAGGAUCUCGUGAGCCUGACAGGUCAGAACAUAAGCGAAACACCUUUCAACUGGUGGUUGCCUCAGAAGAGAAGAUCUCCUAUGCCAUCCUACUGUACCCAAGAGAGGGAAUGCAGUACCAGUCCACCCGAGGCUACACCAUGCAUGCCGGAUUCAACAAGGGUCAAGAGGCUUAUUUCCUCUAUCGGAAGAGGCAGGGACCUUACUACCGCAUCACUGAUGACGAGAAGACGUCUGUUCAGAAAUUAGCGCAGCAGACGAACUCUGGAAAGCGAGGUGUGUGGGUGUACGAGAUUGGAUCAUCUUCCCAUUUCACCAACAUUGUCCCAGGUGAAGUGGCUCUUCCCCAAGAAGCGGAGGUUCACAGUCAAUCCUACCGAGUUCCCACAUACCCUGAGGGUCAGCUUGUUGUUUUGGAACACCCACCUUAUCAGCACAGUCAACAGGAAACACUUGAAGGAGUGUACCACAAGGCAGAGCAUCCCUCACCGUAUCAAGGACACACUGGUGAUUUCCAGCCUGGCAACCCUCAUUUUGUGGAAAUUGAGGAAGAUGAUAACAUUCAAGUUGGUGUUUUCAGCUACAGCUCUCAGACAUGCGCCAACAGCAGGCAUGAAUGCUCCAGCUUUGCUGAUUGUCAAGAUUAUGCAACUGGGUUCUGCUGCCACUGUAGGCCUGGUUUCUAUGGAAAUGGGAAACAGUGCAUCGCUGAAGGCAAACCCCAAAGGAUGAACGGGAAGGUGAGUGGACGAGUGUUUGUUGGGAACUCCCCAACUCCUGUUGAGUUCGACAACAAUGAUCUCCAUUCCUAUGUGGUAGCCAAUGAUGGCAGAGCAUACGUGGCUAUCAGUGCCAUUCCCUCCAGUGUUGGCCUCUCCCUGUUGCCUCUGGCGUCUGUUGGAGGGGUCAUCGGCUGGGCGUUUGCCCUCCAACAGCCCGGCUUCAAGAACGGCUUCAGCAUUGUUGGGGGGGAGUUCACACGCCAGGCUGAUGUGACCUUUCAGGCAGGAGGAGAAAAGCUGACUAUCACCCAAGACUUCAGAGGAAUUGAUGAACACGACCACCUGGUUGUCAAGACCAGACUGGAGGGAUCGAUUCCUGAGGUGCCGCUGGGAGCAACUGUCCAGAUAGACCCUUAUUCUGCCGUCUAUCUUUACAGCAACAACUUGAUCACCUCCUCCUCCACGAGGGACUACAUGGUCACACUGGAGGACGGCUCUACGGUGACUGGAACCUACCAGUGGAGGGAGAGAAUCAGCUUUCAGAGCUGCCAACAUGACCGGACGGCCAGGCCGGUCCCCCAAACCCAGAUGCUCAGUGUAGACCAGGUGUUCGUGAUGUACAGCGAAUCUGACCAGGUCCUCCGCUACGCUAUGAGCAACAAGAUUGGCGACAUAAACGGUGUUCAGCCUGAGGAGAACGCCUGCUACACAGGCAGACACGGCUGUGACACGAACGCUGUGUGCCAACCUGGACAGGGAAACCAGUUUACCUGCGAGUGCACGACUGGCUUUAAUGGGGAUGGACGCACCUGCUACGAUAUUGAUGAAUGCAGAGAGACGCCGUACAUCUGUGGUCCCAACACCAUCUGCAACAACCAGCCCGGAACCUACCGCUGUGAAUGUGUGGAAGGCUUUCAGUUUGCUAGUGAUGGAAAGACUUGUGUUGAGGCGAGCCGGCCGGUGGACCCGUGUCGAGCAGGCCUGCAUAAUUGCGACGUCCCUGAGCGCGCUCAGUGCAGCUACACUGGAGGAUCCUCUUACAUCUGCUCCUGCUUACCGGGAUUUAUGGGAGAUGGACGAACUUGUCAAGACAUUGAUGAGUGUCAGCCCAGCCGUUGUCAUCAGGAUGCAGUCUGUUACAACACAGAGGGAUCCUUCACCUGCCAGUGCAGACCUGGUUUCCAUGGCAAUGGUUUCCAUUGUUCCCGAGAGCAAAAGACUCGGUGUCAGGUCCACAGAGAGAGAGCUCUGGCCUCUGCUGGGCAUGGACCCCGGGGUCCGCGCCCAGUUCCUGGUCAGUACAUUCCGACCUGUGACUCUCACGGUGAGUACGAGCCCAUGCAGUGCCACGGCAGCAGUGGGCAGUGCUGGUGCGUGGACCGCGAUGGAGCUGAGAUCUAUGGCACACGAACAGGACCAGGCAGCACACCGACCUGCGUCAGUCAGGUGACCCCCACCGUUGGACCUGUGCCGCUGCUGUCUGGCACUCACCUUGUCUUCGCUCAGAGUGGGCAGAUCGAGUAUGUGCCUUUGGAAGGACAAGACAUAAAGAAGGACAAAGCCAAGACUGUACUGCACCUCCCGGAGAAGGUGGUAGUUGGAAUUGCUUAUGACUGUGUGGACAAGAUGGUGUACUGGACAGAUAUCACCUCUCCCGCUAUCAGUAAAGCUCAUCUCCAGGGAGGAGAGGCCAUAACCCUCAUCACAUCAGACAUUGGAAGUCCUGAAGGCAUUGCCGUAGACCACCUGGGAAGGACCAUGUUCUGGACAGAUUCCACGAAGGACAGGAUUGAAGUGAGCUCCCUGGAUGGGGCUAAGCGUCGUGUUUUGAUUGAUACAGAUUUGGUGAACCCGCGGUCCAUCCUCACUGACCCCACCAACGGGUACAUAUACUGGUCUGACUGGAACCGAGAGUCCCCCAAAAUAGAAGCAGCUCACAUGGACGGGACCAAUAGGAGAGUCCUAGUGAAGGACGACCUGGGCCUUCCUAACGCUCUGACCUACGACGCUCAGAACUCUAUGCUUUGUUGGGCAGAUGCUGGUACACAUAAGGUGGAGUGUAUGAAGCCCGGAUUCAGUGACCGUAGGCAGAUCCUACAGGAAGUUCAGUACCCGUUCGGAAUAACUGCUUAUGGGAAGAAUCUGUACUACACAGACUGGAAACGGGAUGCUGUGAUUGUGGUGGAUCGUCACUCUGGCAGAGAGACAGAUGAGUUCCUGCCUCAUGUGCGAACACGUCUGUAUGGGAUUACAUUGGCAUACAGUCAGUGCCCUGCCGGUCGAAGCCACUGUGCAGUUAAUAACGGAGCGUGCACUCACUUGUGUCUGCCGACCCCUGCUGGUCGCUCGUGCCUUUGUCCAGACAACGCAGCAGACGUGAGCUGCCAGGAGCAGAGAAUUCAGGUGUAGUGAAGCAGGAACGGCCAUCAUCGCUGCCUUAAUCAACACUCAACACUCAUCACUCAGCAUCAGUUUCCUUCACUGCUUCACUACCAUCACUAACGGGUUACAACACAAGUUCUGUAACAUGUUCUAUAAAACAAAGCGUCCUUAAUUACACAUAAAAACCUAUUUCCAAAGAGCACUGCUGAAAUAUUUACCCUCAGUUAUCUGCAGCUCACACACAAGCGCACUAAAGUUAGCCACCUUAUUAACAAUGCGCACAGUGUCAUGGGUAAUUAUUAUUGUUAAUCAUAAUGGUAUCACUUUGUUUUAAGGAUGUUGGGUGUCUUGUUCUUCUAUUCAUUGUGCAUUAAACUUUAUUCAUUAUAAUAAAGUUAGUACAUGUUUUGAGACUUUAUCGUGCAAAUUAUCAUCCAAAAUGAUCAUCAAUCUGUAACUGACAGCAUUUGAUUCCCGCAGGUCUCAGGUAGCAUUAAAUGACCUCUGGAGUUUAUUGCAUUAGAGCUAAUAAACGUUUAAUACGUCAUGAAUGCUUUGGGAUGUGUUCCAUAUACUAAAAUGUUUUAUCACUAACUAGAGGAUGAAGUUUUUAGUCGACUUAAUUGAUUCACAAAUUCAGCACAUGUUCAUGGUAUUUUGGUUGCUAAACAGAUUGAAUACUUCACUAAUAUGACAGUAUGUGUUCCAUACAGGACUUCAAAGGGUAAAACUGCACCUUAGAAACGGAAUAUGUUUGAAUUAUUAGUGACGUAUCAGCUUUUCAGUUAGAAACUCAAAUAGAGCAAAAACAUGAAGAAGAAAACGAGAACCAAAUGCUACGCUAAUACAGUGAGAAUUUAGUUGAUAAUUCAUGCUAAAUAAUUUGCACAACAAUAUCAAAGUGUUUAUUGUGCUUUAUUACAACUAAAAAUGCCAUUAUUAGUGAUUUUCACAGAACGGAUCUUCAGUUACGCAGUAAUGCAGGUCAUAACGAAUACAGCUUAAUGCAAAAUGAUUAAACCAUUUAAAAGUUUCAAAUUUGAAAUUCACUGAAGAAAAAAAAAACUCAGUAGAGAAUCAGUGUCUUUCUUAAAAUAAAGUGAUACUAUAAUAAUCCAGGACCUUUGUUAAAACCUUGUCUUUGAAUGUUUUUAGGAAUAACGUUUUAAUUCAGUGCAGAAGAUUCUGAGGUUCAGCGUGAAGUUAAAACAGGAUUCCAGCUUUCGCUUCAUGUUCAAAAGUUAAGGCCGGAAUUUCAUGAAGGUCCACCGUCACGUAAAUCUGAGUGACGCUGAAGUUUAAGUAUCAACCAACAAAAUAAAUGUUCAACAUUUGUCGCGUUUGCUUUACUAUUGAAUUCCAUGGCUUUGCAGGUCUUGAUCUUGCUGUACUGUGACUUCUUUGUUUUUCAGUACAAGGUAUUUGUUUUUCAGUAUAAGGUGUUUGUUUUUCAGUAUAAGGUGUUAUAUGUUAAUCAUGUUAUUCAUGUUUUGCGUGGCGUCAUAUUAAAGAUUUACAAUGCGAAUUUACUUUCUUUAAAAUAUAUUGCACUCAUAGCCGAGUUGGUUCUUUGUUUCUGAAGCUGGUUUUGCUGCCUUAAGAAUGAUUAAUCAGUGUUUUUCAGCCUGUCACAGUUCUAGCGGGUGUGUGUUUGUGAUAACCCGCCUGUGACCUGAUGCGGCAGGUAGAGACGGAAAAAUGAAGGAGCGAGACAUCGAGGAUAACAACGUCAAACAGAAGUCGUUACGAUUUGUGUUUAAACAGAUUAGAACAAUGAAAAGAUGUGAGAUUUUUACCUAACAACACAUUCAGUGCAGAAAAUACUGUGAUAUCACUGUGAAGAUAAAAGGAUCCACGUCAGUUUAUCAUCAUUUCAUUAACAGCUCACGAUUAAUUUACUCUGACAUCCUUUUCAUCCUCCUGAAAACCAAAAAUGAGAGUGUGUGUUACAAAAUAUGAAAUAUGUUUGGAAAUGUCUUUGUUGUCAUUCGUGUCCAAUAAAGCUAUGUUUUAUAUUAAA